AUGCGCUGCUCCAAGCGUUUGUUGUGUACCUCCAUUAGUAGUUCUGCAUCUGUGUUCAGAUCACACAUUCAUCAAUCACCAUGUGUUAUUUGUGAUGGUGCUGUUGCUGAAAUAACAGCGGGUUCUGUUAACCAGAUUCAAGAAAAGAGUCAAUCACUUCCCAAGAUAAACUCUGGUGUUAUUCCACCUUCCCACUCACGGCAUGGAGUUGAUCGUUCUAUAGUUAAAAAAUCAUACGAUAGAUCAGGGACAAUAAGUGAGCAACGAAAACAGGCUCUUCAGGAGUGGAUGGAAAAUAAAUGGGAAAACUCUCUGGCUGAAGAGAAAAUGGAUGAUAACGCAUUACUGGAAAAAUCAUGGAAGAUAUUCUGUGAUCCCACACAAAAAGUAUCAGAUGAUGAUAUAAUAGCUGUGGUGGAGUAUCUUGACAGAUGCUGUGAAGUAAAGUUUAAAGAGACUUCAACUGAAGAGUUGUGCUCAUCAUCACAAAAAGAGGUCCAAGAAGAUUUAUUGGGGUUAUCCACUAAUAAUAUGAAAAAUAUUAAUAAUAAAACGGAGGAUAAUGCAUUUUUGUCGCGUAUUAAAACGUGUUUAACUAAUCCAGCAGAAAUUGAACAUCAGUUGCGAUUUCAACGCACACUUCUUGAUUUUCGAAGUGUUGCAAAUGAUAUUCAAUUACCUUUUUUCUUGGCUUGUGGAACGGCGUUGGGUGCCCACCGUGAGGGAUUUUUUAUUCCUCAUGAUAACGACAUUGAUAUUGGUAUUUUUUAUGAGGAACUAAAGCGAAUGAAAUCUACAAAAGAGGAAGGAGACAUACAAUCUGCUGUUGUGGAACUUUUAUCACAUGUAGCUAUAGAUGGUCGCUUUAUUCUUUUUGAUAUUUGUGGAGAAGUAGAAAAGGGAUUGGAAUUACGUUUUCUCCAUCACGAAACCCGUAUUGCCCUUGAUGUGAAUAUCUACUACCCACCACUGUUGGAUGAUGAUGAUGAUGCGGCAUUCGUAGCGAAGCGAGGUCCCUUUGUAUGGGCAGCCACACACUAUGAAGAUGCGGCUGUCCGGCUCCACGGUAUGUAUAGAUAUCAUCACACACCGUUUCAGUCAGAUUUAAAAUGUAUGCCGUUCUGUGAUAAUAAUGAUGGAAGUUUGAGUGGGAAUGGUUUCUUUGUGCCACCAGAGUCGUAUUUGGUGGAGUGUUAUGGGGAUGAUUGGCGGACGCCCCGAAAGUACACAUAUGCGGAGGCUAUUCAAAAGGGAGAGUACAAGAAUUUAAUUGAGGAAUGA